GGGCUCCAGAAGAGGGAAAUGAAUUUCAUGAUUCAACGCUGUCAUGAAUUCGACAGUUGAUGAUGAUCGGACGGCUUGCAUUUUAGAUUUUUAUGAAUCGUUUGAUGUUCAUCUAACGGGUGUAAUUGAUGCACGGUAACCGCGUGAAAUCCUAGUACUUUUAAUAGUGUGGGUGUUAGAGAAGUGAGAAGUGAGUAGUGAGAAUGGAGUUUCAAGGGUUACCGGAAGGUUGCAUUGCUAGUAUACUCUCUCGCACUACGCCGGCGGACGUGUGUAGGUUUUCCGUCGUAUCAAAGAUUUUCCGUUCGGCCGCUGAAUCGGACGCUGUGUGGAAACGUUUUCUCCCUUCCGAUUACCAUUCCAUCAUUUCCCAGUCUCCUUCGCCUCUCAACUAUCCUUCCAAGAAGGAGCUCUAUCUCGCUCUCUCCGAUCGCCCUAUCGUCAUCGAUCAGGGUAAAAAGAGCUUUCAAUUGGAGAAAAAGAGUGGGAAGAAGUGUUACAUGCUUGCUGCUAGAGCUCUCAGCAUUAUUUGGGGUGACACUGAGCAAUACUGGAACUGGACAACCGAUCCCAAUUCCAGGUUCCCGGAAGUUGCUGAACUUAGAGAUGUGUGUUGGCUUGAAAUUCGUGGGGUGCUAAACACCCUUGUCUUGUCCCCAAAUACUCAGUAUGCUGCUUAUCUUGUUUUCAAGAUGAUUGAUGCCCGUGGAUUUCAUAACCGUCCUGUGGAGUUAUCGGUCAAUGUCUUUGGUGGCCAUGGUAGUACCAAAAUUGUCUGUUUGGAUCCAAAUGAAGAACUUCCACACAGAAGAGUCGAGGGACUGCAACGUCCAAAUGCAAGAAGCGAUGGGUGGUUGGAGAUUGAGAUGGGGGAGUUCUUCAAUACAGGCUUAGAUGAUGAAGUGCAGAUGAGUGUCGUGGAGACUAAGGGUGGUAAUUGGAAGAGUGGCCUCUUUAUUGAAGGAAUAGAAGUUAAGCCUAAGGAAGAGAAUUAAGCAAAUAUCUUGUUUAGUUUAAUUCACAGAACUAUAUGCAUAAAGUCUUGCGUCUUAGAUGGCAAGAAUGCUGCUUAUUUUAACGUUCAACCUUUGAACUUUGUGAUGUAUUUUUCUUGCCAUAACUGUUGCCCUUUUCUCUUGAACUACUAUAUGCGUAAGUUAUAUUGCUUGUCGUAAUUCUUUUGACUGAUGAGUGAUGAGCGAGGUAACUAUUUGUAUUAGUAUUUGUAUGUUGGUUGUCAUUUUUCAA